CGAAUUGUGAGUUGUCACCAUAGAUAAUACAACUUGUUAUUUGUCAAUGAAAUUUUGACACGUGCGAUUUUUUAUAGAUUAGAACGAUUGAAGGAACUUUUCUACAACAACAAAAUGGUUCUUUUGGAAAAUGAUUCGUUUUUGACGGAAUUGACAAAGUUAUUUCAAAAGUCCAGACAGAGUGGAACAGUUCUAUUAACACUUAAGCGAUAUGAUGGUCAGACUAGACCAGAACCCAGAGAAGGUAAACCACGGCUACCAGAACCUUCAGAAUAUUUAUGUUUGUUACGAGCAUCUAGUAGGAGUAAAAAAAUUAGUACAGUGGUUCAUCAACGAGAUGUGAAUAAAUUUCAAUUAGCGUACACCAACUUAUUGAAAAAUAAUUUAGAUGGCUUAAAGAAAUUAAAAAAAGUAAAAAAAUCUAGUAAAAUAGCUACACAAUAAAUAAAGUUAAUUAAU